AUGUACCACAAGGCUCUCAUCAUCGGCGCCACCUCCGGCAUUGGCCACGGCCUGGCCACCAAGCUCGUGUCCCAGGGCACACACGUUCUUCUCGUAGGCCGACGCGAAAACCUUCUCAAUGACCUCGUCAACAGACUCGGCGCGGCUAACGCCACAGCCAUCCCCUUCGACAUCACCAACUUGUCCUCCAUCCCCUCCUUCGCCGACAAGACCACCGCCCAGCACCCCGACAUCGACUGCCUCGUCCUCAACAGCGGCAUCCAACGCGCCUUCGACUUCAGCAACCCCUCUACCCUCGACCUCACCGCCCUCGACGCCGAGACCACCACCAACUACACCUCACACGUGCACCUCACCGCCGCCUUCCUACGACACUUCCUAUCCCGCCCCGCCCAGCAGCAGCCAACAUCCCUAAUCUACAUCUCGGCCACACUCGCGCUCGUGCCAGGCCUGCUCCGCACGCCCAACUACAACGCCUCCAAAGCCGCGCUGCACACCUUCAUCCUCAACCUGCGCUUGCAGCUCCGCCGGUCCGGCAAAUCCCCACAAUUGGUCAAAAUCAUCGAAGUCUUCCCGCCGGCGGUGCAGACGGAGAUCCACGACGAGAAGCACCAGCCGGACCUGGUGGAUGGGGGCAGCAUCGGCAUGCCGCUGGGGGAGUAUGUGGAUGCCAUGGUGGAAGGGUUGGAGCAGGGGAAGGAGGAGUUUGCGGUGGGGCAUGGGCAAGGUAUGUUGGAUGGGUUUGAGGCGGAGAGGCAGAGGCAGAUGGGGCAGAUGGUCGAGAUGUUGGAUGGGUCGUUUGGGAAGUAUCUGAAGGAGGGGGCGAGAGCGAUUUGA